UUUAACAUCAGAGGAAGAAGAUUAGUUUCACCGUGAUCUCUGAUGUUUUGUCGUAAUACUUGCUUAAUACAAACUAUUAUAAAUGUUUUUUCUGUAAAUAGAGAAAUACAGUUUUUGAAUCUGGUCAGUAAUACUGUAAUAUUCUCAUCCUCACAGCCGUGACUAAGUUUUGAAUCAAGCAGGAAUAUCUGGAGGAGUAUCAUCUGAACUGAGAUCUGCUGCUGUAAAGAUGAUGUUUGUUAAAGAGGAGAGUGAAGAAAACACGAGUGAACCAGAAACCUGGAGAAUAAAACAAGAGGAACCAGAUACCCAGAAAGUAAAACACGAGGAACAAGGAGGCCUGAUGAAAAUGAAAGAAGAAAGACAAGAUCUGAAUGAAAUGGAGGAGAUAUAUCAGGAUCAGAAAGAUCAUGAUGUCAAUGGAGAAAAAUCAGUGAGUUGCAACAUUAAAACAACAGAAGUCAAGAGGCCUUUCAGCUGCUCUCAGUGUGGAAACACUUUCACAUGUAACAGAAAUCUUAAAAAGCACAUAUUAAUUCAUGCUGAGAUAAAGCCUUUCAGCUGCUCUCAGUGUGAAAAGAGUUUUACACAGAGAGCAAUCUUAAAGAAUCACUUGUCAACUCAUACUGGGAUAAAGCCUUUCAGCUGCUCUCUGUGUGGAAAGAGUUUCAUAUGUAAGCGAAAUCUUAAGGAUCAUAUGGUAAUUCAUGCUGGGAUAAAGCCUUUCAACUGCUCUCAAUGUGGAAAGAAUUUUACACAGAAAGCAAGCCUUAAGAAGCACAUGUUAAUUCAUGCUGGGAUAAAGUCUUUCAGUUGCUCUCAGUGUGAAAAAAGUUUUACACAGAAAGCAAGCCUUAAGAAGCACAUGGUAAUUCAUACUGGGAUAAAGUCUUUCAGUUGCUCUCAGUGUGGAAAGAGUUUUACACAGAAAACAAGCUUAAAGAAUCACAUGUUAAUUCAUGCUGGACUAAAGCCUUUCAGCUGCUCUCAGUGUGGAAAGAGUUUUAUAAAGAAAGGACAACUUAAGGAUCAUUUGGUAACUCACACUUCAGAAAAGCCUUUUGUCUGCUCUCAAUGUGGGAACACUUUCAGACGUAAAGCAAGCCUUGAGAAGCACAUGUUAAUUCAUACUGGAAUAAAGUCUUUCAUCUGCUCUCAGUGCGGAAACGCUUUCAGAUGUAAAGCAAGCCUUAAAAGGCACACAUUAAAUCAUACUGGGAUAAAGCCUUUCAGCUGUUCUGAGUGUGGAAAUAGUUUUACACAUAAAUUAAGCCUUAAAAGGCACAUGUUAAUUCAUGCUGGAAUAAAGCCUUACACCUGCACUCAGUGUGCAAAGACUUUUACACAGAGAGGGCAACUUAAUAAUCAUUUGGUAACUCACACUUCAGAAAGUAAUUUCUCCUGCUCUCAGUGUGGAAAGAGUUUUACAUAUAAAUCAAACCUUAAGAGGCACAUGUUAAUUCAUACUGGGUAACAACCUUUCACUUGGUCUCAGUGUGAAAAUAAUUUUACAAAGAAACAGCUACUUAAUAAUCAUUUGGUAACUCGCACUUCAGAAAGUAAUUUCUCCUGCUUUCAGUGUGGAAAGAGUUUCACACAGAAAGGACACUGUAAGGUUAAUUUGGUAACUCACUCCUCAUAAAAGCCUUUCCCCUUAGGGAAUUAAAGCUAAUGACUGUUAUUCUGAAUGACUGUUGUCAUCUAUUGGAUCACCUCAAGGAUGUGUCCUCUCUCCUUUAUUUUUGAUCUUGUAGUUCUAGAAAUAGGCAUAUUAUAAAAUUUCCUGAUGAUUCUGUAAUCGUUAGCUUAAUGAGUGAGGAGGACUCCAUGUUUGGUCCUGUGGUUGAUGUUUUUAUUAUCUGGUGUCAGAAUGCUUUCUUAAAACUUAAAGGUACAAUAUGUAAGUUUUUGCCACUGCAGGGCGUGUAUUGAAAAUGAACAAAGACAAGGUAGCGUAGUAGAUCCCAACGUUAUUUAAACGUUCUUUGAAACAUUUGGGAUUUACAUUGUCAUUUUGCAGACGGUUUUAUCCAAAGUGACUUCCAAUUGGGGAAUACAUAAAAUGAUUCUUCUUAAAGAGACAAACAGACACAGGAAGUGCUUGUAAUACCAAGUUUUAGACGUUAUUCAAAUGAGUACAAACUAGAAAGAGAAGAAAUAGGGUAAGAUUAUUAUUUUAUUUUACGAAGAAACCAAGUAGUUUUUUCAUUGGAGAAAUUGAUCUGUCUUGGUAUUAGAUACAUUUACUCAUUUAGCUGACGCUUUUAUCCAAGGCAACUUACAAUUGCUACAUAUGUCAGAGGUUGCACGCCUCUGGAGCAACUAGGGGUUAAGUGUCUUGCUCAGGCACACACUGGUGUCUCACAGUGGAUUCGAACCCGGGUCUCUCACACCAAAGCCAUGUGUCUUUUGUGUUUUUGGAUAUUUUAAUAAAGCAAUCUUACAUAUUGUGCUUUUAAUGUUUCUAAAACUUAGAAGAUGACUAUUGAUUUUAAUUCUAGGAGGAAAUAUGUUUAGUAUAAGCAAACAGGUAUGAAUGAAGUAGGUAUUGUGAGUGUUUAACAGUACAAGUAUUUGGGCACUGUUUUGGAUAACAAAUUGUUAUUUUCUCCUAAUACUGACCGAUUGUGUAAGAGGGGACAGCAAAGAUUGUAUUGCUUGCAGAAAUUAAGGUCAUUUAAUGUGGACAAAACAUUGAUAUGCAUGUUCUUCAGAUAUUAUGUUGAGUUACUGUUAUCUUUUUCACUGUUGUGCUGGUUUAAUUCUCUAAAUGUGAAAAACAAGAAUUUCCUUGAGAGGAUUGUAAACCAGGGAAGUUAAAUAACGUGGAGGAAGCAGAUCAUUAUGAUCCAGUUAUAUCAUAGACUGGUUUUGGAGAAAACCCAGAGUAUUUUGUCAGAUGAUUGUCACACUAUGUAUCACAAGUUUGAACUUUCCUCUUCUGGCAUUUGUUAUAGAACCCCUAUUAGUAAAACAAAUCCGUUUAGAAUUUCAUUCAACUCCAUCAGCUGUUAAGUUUUAAAAUUUAAGGUAAGAACUUAUUAGGAAUUAAAUGGAGUGUUUUUUAGUUGUUGUUGUUUUUUUAUUUAUUUUUUUUGUAUUGCGUUUUGGUUAUGUGAAAUGUUUGAUUGCUGUAACCAAUGAAAUAAAUAAAGAUGAACU